CAAUGCGUGAAUGCAUCUCCAUUCAUGUGGGCCAAGCCGGGGCUCAGAUCGGCAAUGCCUGUUGGGAGUUGUACUGUCUGGAACAUGGAAUUCAGCCAGAUGGACAGAUGCCCUCUGACAGGACGAUUGGAGGAGGGGAUGACUCCUUCAACACUUUCUUCAGUGAAACUGGGACAGGAAAGCACGUUCCCAGAGCCAUCUUUGUUGACCUGGAACCCACUGUCAUUGAUGAGGUGCGUACAGGAAUGUAUCGCCAGUUGUUCCACCCCGAGCAGAUGAUUACAGGAAAAGAGGAUGCAGCCAAUAACUAUGCACGUGGACACUACACCAUUGGCAAAGAGAUUAUUGACGUUGUUUUGGACAGAACACGUAAAAUGGCUGAUCAGUGCACUGGCCUGCAAGGUUUCCUCAUCUUCCACUCCUUUGGUGGAGGCACUGGUUCUGGUUUUACCUCCCUGCUGAUGGAGAGACUCUCUGUUGAUUAUGGCAAAAAAUCUAAGCUGGAGUUUGCCAUCUACCCAGCCCCUCAAGUUUCCACAGCAGUUGUGGAGCCUUACAACUCCAUCUUGACCACCCACACCACCUUGGAGCACUCUGACUGUGCCUUCAUGGUGGACAAUGAGGCCAUCUACGACAUCUGUCGUAGGAACCUCGACAUCGAGCGACCAUCGUACACCAACUUGAACAGGCUCAUUGGUCAGAUUGUGUCUUCAAUCACAGCUUCACUUCGCUUUGAUGGAGCUCUGAAUGUUGAUCUGACAGAGUUCCAGACCAACUUGGUGCCCUACCCUCGUAUCCACUUCCCUCUGGCCACCUAUGCCCCGGUCAUCUCUGCUGAGAAAGCCUACCACGAGCAGCUGUCUGUGGCUGACAUCACCAAUGCCUGCUUUGAACCAGCCAAUCAGAUGGUGAAGUGUGAUCAACGAGGUGGUAAAUACAUGGCCUGCUGUUUGCUGUAUCGUGGUGACGUUGUGCCCAAAGAUGUCAACUCAGCCAUUGCAGCCAUCAAGACCAAGCGCACCAUCCAGUUUGUGGACUGGUGCCCCACAGGCUUCAAGGUGGGCAUCAACUACCAACCUCCAACUGUGGUUCCUGGAGGAGACCUGGCCAAGGUGCAGAGAGCUGUGUGCAUGCUGAGCAACACCACAGCCAUUGCUGAGGCCUGGGCUCGUCUCGACCACAAGUUUGAUCUGAUGUACGCCAAGAGAGCCUUUGUCCACUGGUAUGUUGGAGAGGGAAUGGAGGAAGGAGAGUUCUCAGAAGCCAGAGAAGAUAUGGCUGCUCUAGAGAAGGAUUAUGAAGAGGUUGGUGCUGACAAUGUAAAUGAGGAGAAUGAUGGAGAGGAAUACUGAGAAUAGUGUAACCUGCACCUUUAAGGCAAAAUCAAAAGAUUGUAUUGGUUUUAAAAUUGAGCAUUUCUUCUUUUUUUCUGGUGAGAAUUUUGGUGACACAUUAUCUUCCAUGAUAGAAACUCAAUUUAAUAGUGAAAAAGAAAAAUAUGUAGGCCCUCUGGGCGGGUUCUUCUUUUAAUGAAACGUUUCGUCUCUCCUCCGAGAGACUUCUUCAGUCUGAGGAGUUUCAGGUGAACUCAGCCUUAUAAGCACUCCCUCCACAUGGUGGACAAUUUAAUAUUUCAAUUCAGUAGUGAAACAAAGUUCUGCAUGUAGUCUUGUUUGCAGAUAAUAUCCUAAACUUAGCCUAUUGUUGCUUAACUUAACAAACAUGAGUUAUAUAUUUUUUCAUUAGCUAUAGUUUCUUCUUCUGUUAUCAUUCAGACUAAACAAAAUAUUUCAAGUUAUCUAAGAUAGAAGAUGCAACAUUUUUGUCUGACCAAAAGUAAAACAAGACCAAGCCCUGGGUUCUGUGCACCUCCCCCCAACUAUCCUCUCCCAUGAGGAAUGUGAGUUAUGAAAGGGUUUCUGUGUCAGUUUCUAUGUGCUGAUCCACUGACUCUGUGAGAACGAGAAAGACAGAAUAUAAGUGACACAGUCAGUGUCUGGUGUUGUUUGUGUAGCUUAUAUUCAAACCAUGGACUGCAGCAACAAAGGGAUACCAGUUCACUUUUGCAUGGAUGAAUGAAUUGCAGCACUUUAAUCCUAGGACAACUUGUACCAAAAAGGGGUGUAUUUUUUAAAUGUCUUUAAUCUCUUGAUUUGCAUUCCUGUGCAGCUGUUUCUGUAAGUUUUUGCUAUACCAAAUGAUGCCGUAUGAUUUAAGCAAGUUUUGUUGUAUCAAUACAUAAUUUGUACGGAUCCUCACCAUUCUCUUGACAAUCUAAUUUGAUGCUCAGAAUAAAAGUUAUUCAUUUAUCCCACA